AUGUGGUUUAUUUACGUUUUAAGUUGGAUCGCUUUAUUUAUUCAAAUAGCCAUCAUAACUUUAUCCAUUGCUGCUGGCCUAUAUUAUCUUGCUGAAUUGGUUGAAGAAAAUACAGUUUUCACAUCCAAAAUUAUAUUCUACUUAAUCAUUUUCACUUCAGUAAUUCAUGGUGGUAUAUUGCUAUUUGAAGAUUUCCCAUUCUAUAUAUCAGUACUAGGACUUGUAGCAAAUUUCUUCCACUUCUGUGUUUUACAAAAUUUUCCAUAUUUUUAUAUGACUUCUCCAUCUUUUAUUGGUUCUGUUGUUUUGAUAGUUAUUAAUCAUUACUUAACUUUUAGUCACUUUUCACAAGUCUGGUACCCAUUCUCAGAGGUAAUGGCAUACUUUACUGUUUGUUUAUGGUUGGUUCCAUUUGCAUUUUUCGUAUCCCUAUCAGCUAAUGAGUAUGUUUUACCCACAACUACAGCAUCAACAGAUCAUCUUGUAAGCAGUUAUUUUAAGAGUAAAGAGAAGCGAUAUGGACUUCUGUCUUUCUUUAAAUAUGCACAAGAAAGUAUCUUACCUCAAAGAGUGAAAAAACAGUUUUGA